AUGGCUGACGACUCAGAAUACACAGAAACCGACAUCUGGGCGUCGCCCCAGCAAACCCUCCCACAGAAAGCACCCAGGACUCCCAAGACACCAAGGACCCCGCGCACGCCAGCCUCAGAAGGCCCCGAUCGCGAUGCGCUUCUGCGCAAGGAGCUCGAAGGAGUGAAGAAUGUCAAUGAGGCCAUAGAAGGCCUCAUUGGUACACUUGAACGCGCCGGGGGCAACAUGGAUGUUGUGACGCAGACGGUAAACAACGCCUCUACUCUCCUCAACACAUGGACCCGAAUCCUUUCCCAGACAGAACACAACCAGCGCCUGAUCCUUGACCCCAGGUGGAAAGGCACGACGGAGGACCUUGCCGAACAGGAAGCCGAAGCCCUCCAGCGACAACAAGAGGCCGAGCGCAAGGCGCGCGAGGAGGAGCAGCGACGCGAGGAACUGCGCCGUCGCCGGGAGGAGGAGGAAACGAAACGCAGGCUGGCACCCGGCACCAGGUCCCUCCGUGGCACAGCGAGCACGCGUAGCACAGCCUCCAGCAUCCGGGCGAGGGCAGGAUCCCGUAUCGGUGCUGGCUCUAGCUAUUUAUCCCACAACACAUCCAGCUCUAGCAGUCGUGGAACAUCGGGUAUCGGGCGAGGAACUGGCACAGUUAGAGGCACCCGGUCACGAGGCACAAGAUAG